AUGCGAUACGCAGACUCGACGCAUUGGCAGUCCAUACUGAACGAGAUCGCUGAAGUCAAGGAAUUUCUGCAAGCAACAGAGGAUUUUGAUUUUGAUGCGCCAAGUGAUGAUUCUUUCAUGUCUUCCAUUUCUGGCCCGCAGCUUCUUCUUGGCCAUGUGUUCAGUGGCCCAACAUCCGAUUUGAUUGCUGCUCUACCUCCUCGGCCAGUCGCCGAUCGAUUGGUUUCUCUGUAUUUGAACUCAAAGGAGUCAACACUCAUACUCAUGCACAUCCCGACUUUCACACGAGAGUAUGCUCAGUUCUGGAAUCGCCCAGGCGCAAUGUCGAUCAGCUGGCUGGCAUAUCUUUUUGGUAUUCUUUCCGCGGGUGCAGGGCUACAGCUGUUCUCUACCGCUGGUCGGACCGACGGUGAGCUGGCGGAGACCUUUGCAGAGUACCACAGAAUCUCGUCACAAUGUCUGACCAUGUCUGGCUACACCUCACCGAGUCGAUAUACGAUCGAAACUCUCACUCUCAAUGUAGCGAUGGAGAUUUUGAGAAGUCCAGAUAACCAUCGCAGCCCAUCUGUUUUAAUUAGUCUUGCCACUCGACUGGCCGUUCACGCGGGCUAUCACAGAGAUCCAAAGUACUAUCCAAAGAUCUCAGUCUUUGAUGGAGAGAUGCGGCGGCGAGUCUGGACCUAUCUAUCCUUACUGGACCACUAUAUUUCAUUGCAAGCUGGUCUACCUCCAACUACGGUUCAAAAUCAGUCUGAUAUCGAGGAGCCUCGAAACUUGACCGACGAGGAUCUGUGCCCGACUGCUACUACGCUGCCUCCAGCCAGGCCUUUAACUGAGAGGACUUCGAUCUUGUUUCCAGUCACACUCAGAAGAAUCAUGGUUGCCGAUGCUGAGAUUGUCAACAGAAUAUGCUCUGCUAAAAGUUUACCUUAUGGGGACGUCCUUCGCAUGGACAGUCAUCUCAGAGCGCUUUAUUCAUCGGUUCCUCCGAGCUUGAAGUUCCGGCCUCUGUGUGAAGCCAUUGCAGACUCUCCAAGUACAAUCACAGAUCGCUACAACAUUGAUCUCAUGUAUCAAAGGUCAAUGUGUGAUCUGCACCGUCGGUACCUUGUCCAGCACCGUCUCGAUCCCGCUUACGAGUAUUCUCGAAAAGCGUGCCUCGACGCCGCGAAAACAGUCCUUCAUCAUCAAUCAGAGGUUUUUAAUGCAAGUAGCGCAGGUGGGCAAUUGAGCUUUGCGUCUUUCUUUUUUUCCCCUAUAGUUGCAGUUCAUUUCCGCUCUGCCGCUAUGCUCCUUUGCCUGGAAAUUUCCUGUCAGUCGCGAUUUGAUCUGAAGCAACAAUUAUCUCCUGGGCAACGACAAGCAAUAUUGGAAAGAAGAAAAGACCUGUCCGAUGAGAUCGACAGAGCCCACAGUAUUUGGGAUCGGCUACGACACCAGUCCAGAGAAGCGGCCAAGACAGCGGACGCUCUUCAAAUCAUGCUCAGGGUGACAAACCAUCACCUACAGCAUGGUGCGACUCCUGAGCAGACGCAGCAGCCCUGGACACAAUUGAGCAUCAUGAACGCAGACACAGACACUGCACACUUUGAUUCCAAUAUAGCACUGUCGAUGCCCAUCUCGGCUAAUUACCAGCUUCCUUUGACGGAGCCGAAUCCUGGACACAGCCCAUUAGACGUUGACCUGAUGGAUGCUACAUUUUAUCUUGGACAAGACAUUGGUCCCAAUACUGUUGAGACACCAUUGGUGGGAUCGCAUGGCCUGGUUGAUUUCUACGAGAACUAUUGGGACAAUUUGAUGCUUCUUGGCGGAUUUCAAACAACCACCGGCGUGGCAGUCAGCCAAGACAAGACCUAA